AUUGCAAUUUUUGGCUUCCCUUGUUCUUAUUUCUUCAGUGUUAAACUUAUGGAGAGGCACUGAAGGCUGGUCAUACAAUUCCUCAACGUACACUAUGAACUGGGAAUCUGCCAGACACUGGUGCAGGCAGCAUUACACAGACAUGGUAGCCAUCCAGAACAAAGAAGAGAUUUAUCACCUCAACAGUAUCCUUCCAAAAGUCAGCGGAUAUUACUGGAUUGGCAUUCGUAAAAUUAAUGGCAGUUGGACCUGGGUGGGAACUAAUAAGACACUUACCAAGGAAGCUGAGAACUGGGCAGAUAAGGAGCCCAAUAAUGGAAGGAAUAAUGAAGACUGUGUGGAAAUAUACAUUAAAAGAGGGAAAGAUGAAGGCAAAUGGAAUGAUGAAUCCUGCUUGAAGGAGAAGACUGCACUCUGCUACACGGCAUCCUGCAAAGACAACUCCUGUGUCAGUGGUCAAGGAGAGUGUGUCGAAACCAUAAACAGCCAUAAAUGCUCAUGCUUUGGGGGUUUCUAUGGAGAGCGAUGUGAAAAUGUUGUAAAAUGCAAACCAGAGGAUGUCACCUCACCAGAUCGUGCUAGUGUCCACUGCUCUCAUCCUUAUGGAAAUUUCUCAUAUGACUCUCAGUGUGAAUACUCCUGUGAAGAAGGUUAUGAACUAAAGGGUUCCAGUAUGACAAGAUGCACUUCUACCACAGAGUGGUCAAACAAACCACCAACCUGUGAACUUGUUCAAUGUCAAGAGCUGAUCAGUCCACAGGAUGGCAAAAUGCACUGCCAACAUCCUAUCGGCCGGUUCAGCUAUCAAUCCGCCUGUGAGUUUAUAUGUGAAGAAGGAUACAUGCUGCAAGACUCCAGCUCCUCUACACUGUUCUGUGGGGCAACGGGACGCUGGAAUCAUUCACAACCCACUUGUGAAAUUAUAAAAUGCAAACCAGAGGACGUCACCUCACCAGAUCAUGCUAGUGUUCACUGCUCUCAUGAAAAUUUCUCAUAUGACUCUCAGUGUGAAUACUCCUGUGAAGAAGGUUAUGAACUAAAAGGUUCCAGUACGACAAGAUGCACUUCUACCACAGAGUGGUCAAGCAAACCACCAACCUGUGAACUUGUUCAAUGUCCAGAGCUGACUGAACCACAGAAGGGCCAAAUGCAGUGUCAGCAUCCAAUAGGCAUCUUCAGCUAUCAAUCCACCUGUGAGUUUAUGUGUGAAGAAGGAUACACUCUGCGAGACUCCAGCUCCUCUACACUGUUCUGUGGGGCAACGGGGCGCUGGAAUGAUUCACAACCCACUUGUGAAAUUAUAAAAUGCACCCCAGAGGACGUCACCUCACCAGAUCAUGCUAGUGUCCACUGCUCUCAUCCUUAUGGAAAUUUCUCAUAUGACUCUCAGUGUGAAUACUCCUGUGAAGAAGGUUAUGAACUAAAGGGUUCCAGUACGACAAGAUGCACUUCUACCACAGAGUGGUCAAGCGAACCACCAACCUGUGAACUUGUUCAAUGUCAAGAGCUGAUCAGUCCACAGGAUGGCAAAAUGCACUGCCAACAUCCUAUCGGCCGGUUCAGCUAUCAAUCCGCCUGUGAGUUUAUAUGUGAAGAAGGAUACAUGCUGCAAGCCUCCAGCUCCUCUACACUGUUCUGUGGGGCAACGGGACGCUGGAAUCAUUCACAACCCACUUGUGAAAUUAUAAAAUGCAAACCAAAGGACGUCACCUCACCAGAUCAUGCUAGUGUCCACUGCUCUCAUGAAAAUUUCUCAUAUGACUCUCAGUGUGAAUACUCUUGUGAAGAAGGUUAUGAACUAAAAGGUUCCAGUACGACAAGAUGCACUUCUACCACAGAGUGGUCAAGCAAACCACCAACCUGUGAACUUGUUCAAUGUCCAGAGCUGAUCAAACCACAGAAGGGCCAAAUGCAGUGUCUCCCUUCAAUGGACAUCUUCAGCUAUCAAUCCACCUGUGAGUUUAUGUGUGAAGAAGGAUACACGUUGCGAGACUCCAGCUCCUCUACACUGUUCUGUGGGGCAACGGGACGCUGGAAUCAUUCACAACCCACUUGUGAAAUAAUAAAAUGCAAACCAGAGGAUGUCACCUCACCAGAUCAUGCUAUUAUCCACUGCUCUCAUCCUUAUGAAAAUUACUCAUAUGACUCUCAGUGUGAAUAUUCCUGUGAAGAAGGUUAUGAACUAAAGGGUUCCAGUACGACAAGAUGCACUUCUACCACAGAGUGGUCAAGCAAACCACCAACCUGUGAACUUGUUCAAUGUCAAGAGCUGAUCAGUCCACAGGAUGGCAAAAUGCACUGCCAACAUCCUAUCGGCCGGUUCAGCUAUCAAUCUGCCUGUGAGUUUAUAUGUGAAGAAGGAUACAUGCUGCAAGACUCCAGCUCCUCUACACUGUUCUGUGGGGCAACGGGACGCUGGAAUCAUUCACAACCCACUUGUGAAAUAAUAAAAUGCAAACCAGAGGAUGUCACCUCACCAGAUCAUGCUAUUAUCCACUGCUCUCAUCCUUAUGAAAAUUACUCAUAUGACUCUCAGUGUGAAUACUCCUGUGAAGAAGGUUAUGAACUAAAGGGUUCCAGUACGACACGAUGCACUUCUACCACAGAGUGGUCAAGCAAACCACCAACCUGUGAACUUAUUCACUGCCCAGCCAUUGACAGUCAUGUCAAUGGAGAGCUGAGCUGCACUUCCAGCUUUAAAUAUGGGAGCAAAUGCAGCUUCAGUUGUGCUGAAGGAUUCCACCUCCAGGGAGCUUCAGAAAUCAGCUGUACAAAAGCAGCAAAGUGGAGUCAGGAACCACCUCGCUGUGAAGCAGUGCUCUGCCCACAGCUUUCUGAGCCGAUCAAUGGGCAUAUGAACUGCUCAUCUGAAGAACCCACCUUUGGCACCUUCUGCAUCUUCAGCUGUUAUGAAGGCCACCAACUUGAAGACCACAGUAACGAGAUAGUGAUGUGCAACUACAAUGGGAGCUGGUCAGGGGAAGUGGCGGUGUGUCAAGCUCUUGCAUCGCUCUUCAAAGCAACAGAAGUGACUCUUGGUGUUUCAGGCGCUAUCAGUGUCUCCGGUCUGGGCUUAGUCCUCUGGAUACUGAAGAGACUGAGGAGAAAAUCUAACAAUUUUGACCUGAACAGUACCUUGGAUAUUGAGGAUCCACCACAGUUUUAUAAGAACAGUGUUGACAGUCUCAUAUAGAGCAAAAUAGCAUCAAAUAGCAUACAGCAUAUCCGGUGAGCAUAUAUUCCUCAUGCACAUAUACAGGCCAGUAUGUGUAAAGAUAGCGAUGUAACAUAUUCCAGUGAACAAUUCAUUGAAAAACUCAAUUCUUCUUCACGGGACUCACAACUGCCUCACUGGACAUAAACAUUUAUGUCAUCACAAUUGAU